AUGACUGUCACAGCCUGGGAGACCAACCUCACACCAACCAAUGGAAGUGAUCAGGCCAUUUAUCAACAUUAUACAGAGUUCAUAAUCUUGCAAUUACUGAGAGUCGUCAUAGCCCUGGUGGGGCUGGCAGGGAACGCGGUGGUGCUCUGGCUCCUGGGCUUCCGCAUGCGCAGGAACGCCUUCUCUGUCUACAUCCUCAACCUGGCGGGAGCCGACUUCCUCUUCCUCUGCUGCCAGAUUAUACUUUCCCUAUGUUUAAUUUUCUACUUCGGUUUGGUCCCCAGUAAAUUCUACAUAUUUAUCAUCUCUGUGUCAGUGUUUGCCUACAUCUCAGGCCUGAGCUUUCUCAGCGCCAUCAGCACAGAGCGCUACCUGUCUGUCCUGUGGCCCAUCUGGUACCGCUGCCGCCGCCCCAGACACCUGUCAACUAUCACGUGUGCCCUGCUGUGGUCCCUGUCCCUGCUGCUGAGCAUCCUGGAUAAAAAUUUCUCUUGGAGUCUGUUGGAUUUUUUCAGCCCUUCCGUGUGUUGGGUAUUUGACAUCAUCGUUGCGACGUGGCUGAUUUUAUUAUUUGUGCUUCUCUCUGGGUCCAGCCUGGCCCUGAUGACCAGACUGCUGUGUGGCUCCCACCGGGUGCCGCCCACCAGGCUCUACAUGACCCUCGUGCUCACAGUGCUGGUCUUCCUCCUCUGCGGCCUGCCCUUCGGCAUCAACUUUCAUGUCCUAUUCUGGAUUUCAAAUGAUAAUAAUUUCUUCUUUGAUCUUUCCAUGAUGGUAGUACUUCUGUCCUGUGUCAACAGCUGUGCCAACCCCAUCAUUUACUUCUUCGUUGGCUCCUUCAGGCAGCAAUGGUGGAAACAGAGACACACCCUGAGACUGGUUCUCCAGAGGGCUCUGCAGGACACUCCUGAGGUGGAUGAACCUGGAGAAAGCCUUCGUAGGGAAACCCUGGACAUGUCGGGAAGCAGUCUGGGGCAAGGAUGA